AGUUCUUUUCCAGUCAUUUAAUUUGAGGUAUGUACUCUUUCAAGGCUAUGCUUUGACAUCCAUUUCCCAGUCACCGGUCGGGAGGAAGGAGGGAAAAAGUCAUCGGAGGUUAACGCUCGGGCGAGCUAAAGGCGAUUAAGAGCAAUCGAUGGGCUCCGAUGGGCUCCUCUAAAACCAUGGAUUCUAAUGCGAAUUCAAAUACACUACAGAUUCAUGGACAUCGAACGAGACAGGAAAAGUUGAAAUGAUAUUCGAUUUGAGAGGAGAUUUUUUACCGUAACCGUAAUGUCGAAGGUAACAUUACGUCAUUCAAAGUGGCUGUGUCACCAUCCAAUUGGCCGGCAAGUUGUGCAACGCUUUUUUCAUAGUUGCCAUUAUGGCCGAAGUUGAAGCGACUCAACCGACUAUUGGAGCAGAGGAGGCGAUAAUUGAUGAUGGCGAGGAAGCAGACAAGGAAAUCCUGCUCAUGAAACAGAGGGUUGCAGAGAUGGAAAUGGAAGCGAAAAAAUUACGAGAGCUUCAAGCUGCAGCAGAGACCGGGCAACAGGACGCUAGUAUGCCCAUGGAUACCGAGGAAGACAAGGCCGCUGCAGAUGGGAGGAGUGUUUAUGUGGGGAAUGUCGACUACAGCGCCACGCCAGAAGAUAUCCAAGGACACUUUCAGGCUUGCGGGACAAUCAAUCGAGUAACGAUACUUUGCGACAAGUUCACGGGACAUCCUAAAGGAUAUGCAUACGUGGAAUUCGCCGAACCAGAACACAUUGAUGCUGCGUUAACAAUGGAUAACUCACUGUUACACGGCCGAUUGAUCAAGGUUACCGCAAAACGGACAAAUGUUCCCGGCUUUAACCGCGGGAGAGGACGUGGAGGUUAUCGAGGUGGCUACAGAGGCGGGUAUCGGGGUAACGGUGGUUAUACUCCAUAUAGGGCUCGUGGAAGAGGUCGUGGGCGAGGUUAUUGAUCUCAGGAACUACCUGGACUUUUGUGUUAUUAUUUUCUGUGCCAUGUCGACUCAAAAUUAUAUACUUCACCUAAUGAUUUCAAUACCUCUUCCUGUCUCUAUGGGCUGCAUGUUGACGUCGAUUUGAAGUUUCAAAGUACUCUGUAUGUAGAGCGCUGUGUACUCUUAUUAGUAUAUCUUGUUAAGCAAGUGCCUGCCGUAACGAUGAAUCCCCUUCCAGUUUC